AUGCAAAAAGGUCACUUCUGGCUGAAGACAGACAGUGGAAAUGGACACCUGGAAGUGUGGCAGGAUAGUAAGAGGCUAGGGAAAUUCCUCCACAAGUGGAAUACUUGGUUUGAAGUGGGGGACAAGAGCAGGGAGUUAGACCAUCUCUAUGCGGAGUACACACGCACCUCCCAGGAGCUGCAGAUGAAGCGCACCGCCAUCGAAGCCUUCAAUGAAACCAUCAAGAUCUUCCAAGAGCGGCAGACUCAAGAGAAGUGCAGCAAGGAGUAUCUGAAGCGCUUCCGGCGUGAGGAGAAUGAAAAAGAGAUGCAGAGGACCCUGCUGAACUCAGAACAGCUCAAGUCUAGCAUUGCUGAGAUCCAUGAGAGCCACACAAAGCUGGAACAGGAGCUGCGGACACAGGCCUGGGACAACCGGGAGAUCGAUAAGCGCAUGAACAGCCUGAAGCCAGACCUCAUGCAGCAGCGCAAGAUCCGAGACCAGUACCUGGUAUGGCUCACCCAGAAAGGCGCCCAACAGAAGAAAAUCAUGGAGUGGUUGGGAAUCAAACAUGAGACUGAAGACCAGUAUGCACUGUUGGAGGAUGAGCGGGAUGGUACCUUCCUCAUCCGUGAGAGCAGCCAGCGGGGCUGCUAUGCCUGGUCUGUGGUGGUGGACGGUGAUACCGAGCACUGUGUCAUCUACCGCAGGGCCACUGGAUUGGGUUUUGCGGAGCCCUACAACCUGUAUGGGUCUCUGAAGGAGCUGGUGCUGUAUUACCAGCACACCUCCCUCGUGCAACACAAUGAUGCACUUACUGUCACACUGGCACAUCCUUCUCUGUACCUCUAA